UUCGAGAAACUUCGUCAGCAUAAUUCUGCUGAUAAAAAUAUGUAAAAAAGUUCAUAUAAUCCUAAAAUACACACAAUAGAUCUGUAGACACAAUAGAUCGUAAGGUCGCGGUGAUUAACCCACCUCCCAUGUCGUAAAAUGCCUAAUUUUGGAGAAGUUUCAUUUUUAUUUCGAUUUUCUCAAAAUAAUUUCUGAAUUAAUGUUGAUAUUUAUUUGAAAAUUGGUGUCUGGGUGUUUUUUGGCAUGAGCCUGUGGGGUAGGCAACCACAGAUACUUUAUGUAAUUACGAAAUAGCUUAUAUAUAUAAUCUAUGGGAGUCAGUUGUUGUAAAGUAAUGAACAUGGCGGACUCACAGAGCUGCAUGUUAAAUAAAUAAGAAGUUUAUAACUUCGGGAAUAAUAUUGUGUUUUACUUAAAUACAAAAGAAAACAUAACGUUACAUGGCGCAGUUGUGGUAACUUCAAAUUAACCUGCGAAAUUCAGAAAUUAAAAUGGGUGAUAGCCGAGGCGUGGCUCCUAUGCAAAUGGAGGGAAAUGUGGCCGACAAUUGGAAAAUAUGGAGGUCUAGAUUCGAAAACUAUCUGGUAGCCAGCGAAAUUAAUAAAAAAGAUGAAUCUAUACAGUGUGCCCAGGUUUUACAUUAUAUAGGCGAAGGUGGGUUCAAAGUCUUCACAACUUUUACCUUUGAAGAAGACCAGAAGAAUAAAUUAAAAAUUCUGUUAGACAAAUUUGAAUCACAUUUUCUGCCAAAGGAAAAUUUAACAUAUGAAAGAUUUAAACUGUUUUCAUAUAAACAGAAAGACGAAACCUUGGAUCAGUUUGUAACUGAAAUAAAGAAAAUGGCCAUCAGAUGCAAGUUGGGAAGCCUACAGGAAGAGCUGACAAAAACAGUGCUGAUUACUGGCAUAAAUAAUCCGUCGAUCAGGGAGAAACUUCUGCAAGAAGACGACAGCUUGAGCCUCGAUAAAGCAAUUGAAAAGUGUAACAUCCUGUUAAUGUCGAAAGAAAGAAGCGAAAACAUGAGUCAAGUGAAAAUUGAUGCAUUACAAAGGGGCAGAACAGGAACAAUUCAUAAGAAAAAUAACCAAAUGGGACAAAGUGGUGUACCAAAGAAGACAAUAAAUUCAUGUACAAAGUGUGGACGAUCCCAUGAAAUCAACAAGUGUCCGGCAUUUGGAAGAGAGUGCAAUUUCUGUAAAAUUAAGAACCAUUUUUCUAAUAUGUGCAGGAAAAAGAAGCAAAGUAACAAAAACAAUAAAGUGAAUGAAAUUCAAAACACAGAACAAAUUAAUGUUGUAAAUAAAAUUAAUGAUAAUUUUCUUUUUAUAGGAUCUGUAGAAGUAAAUGAAAUUAAUAAUAAUAGAUGGUUCUCUGUACUGGAAAUAAACAAAAAAGAAAUUAAAUUAAAGAUUGACACAGGAGCACAGGCAAACAUAUUACCGUUAAAACUAUACAACAGUUUGGGUAUAAAAAGUAAUUUAAGACAAACACAGGUAACAUUAACUUCAUAUACAGGUAAUAAUUUGAAAAUUGUUGGUAAAUGCUACAUUCCUUGUAAAAAGGAUGAUAAAACCUUUAAUUUAGAGUUUUAUAUAGUUGAUUCAAAUACUCAAGCUAUUUUAGGGUUAGAUUCUAGUCUGGAACUAAAUUUAAUUAAAAGAAUAGAUUCUCUAACAAAAAAUUGUCAGUAUAAUUCCUUAAUAAAUGAAUUUAGCGAGCUAUUUGAGGGUAUAGGUUGCAUAAAUGAGCCUUACCAUAUUGAAAUUGACAAAAAUGCCAAACCGGUGGUGCAUCCAACAAGAAAAGUGGCAUUACCUUUAAUGGAUGAUCUGAAACAAAGUUUAGCGGAACUUGAAAAAUCAAAAAUAAUUGAAAGAGUUCAGAAACCUACUGACUGGGUCAAUGCUCUCGUUCUUGUGAGAAAGCCAGAUAAAAAAUUAAGGAUUUGUCUUGAUCCAUUAGAUCUAAAUAAAGUAAUCAAAAGGGAAUACUGUCACAUACCUACCUUAGAGGAAAUUACAAGUAAAUUAGCAGGUUCUACAAUUUUCAGCACGCUUGAUGCAACUCAGGGUUUUUAUAGUAUACUACUAGAUGAUGCUAGUGCUGAUCUUUGUACAUUUGGCACUCCUUUCGGGAGGUAUAGGUUCCUUAGACUACCUUAUGGCAUAAAAUCUGCACCAGAAGUUUUUCAGUCCAGAUUUAAACAAAUAUUUAAUUUAGAAGGUGUUGAUGUAUACAUUGAUGAUAUUCUUAUCUGGGGUAAAACUAAAUCGGAACAUGAUGAACGCUUGAAAAAGGUUUGGUGUGAAUGAAAUUAAUUAUAUGGGUCAUGUUAUAUCGGGUGCAGGUAUCAGUCCUGAAAAUUCAAAGAUAAAUGCAA